AACAGCGCGUUUCUGCCAUUGCCUGGUUAAUUGCCAGCUCCAAAGAGGUGGCAGAGCUGUUUGCCUCUCAUGGCCGUACUCCCCCCACGCUCAGGACUCCACGCAUAGCAUCUACUCUCGAUCGUAUCGUUGGCAAGUACUGGGAUGGGUUUUCUUCUGAAACAAGUGCCUGGGAGAACGCCAUCGCAAAGGCCAAGGAGGAUGGGUGCAUAUGCUCCGCAACGAAGUGUCGUGUUAUGCAGCAAUGGUUCAAUAUGAUCAUUUGGUUGGAGGGAAAACCUCCCAUCUUGGAGGUGGAUUACGAAUCCUGCGAGCGUUGUCGGUCCUUGGUCAGGUCACGAUACGAGGACAUAACUACUGAAUGCACGGCGAUUUUGCAUGUCUCGUUGCUGGAUGCCUUCUGCGACUACUGUUCCUAUCUCGAUGUAUCAAAACUCUUCGCACGGCGUCUAAGUCCAACAGCAAAGCGAAUGGCGGACGGAAUACUGGAACCUUCGAUGAAGGAACAUGGCUUGGACAUGCGAUACCUUCCAUGUGUCAACAAAUACCCGCAACUCUUGCGGGAGCGUGUUGCGGAGCUGACUUGCUCACCAGAUAAUAACUCGGAGUCGGAGUUGGCCGAACUUCGAGUUCCUGAUAACAUCUUUGACGGCGCACAUGACCCUUGGGUGGUGAUAGGUAUAAUUGCGUUGGUGGCUUGUGGUGACAGCUAUUGCAAGAACACAAAACGGCAUGACCAGGAAUGGCACAAGACCUUUUCGUUUAUUCUUCGCCACUCCCGUAAAUGCUUUGAUAUGCCCGUGCUCCCCCAGUUGUCUUCUACGAGCGUCAAGCUU